CUUAAAACCACAACCAACCAGGCCAGUUUUAUAUCCUUUGUUUUAAUACCUGAUCUUAGCUAGCCAGCCAGUGCUACCAUUUCAUAUAUGGCUCCAUCAAGAAAGUGUGGAUCUCCAAGAAAUAAAGGGUCAUGGACAGCCGAAGAAGACAAGAAACUCACCGAGUACAUAACGAAGAACGGCGCUACGAAAUGGAAAUCCGUGGCGCAAAAAUCAGGUUUGAAUAGAUGUGGGAAGAGCUGUAGGCUGAGGUGGUUGAAUUACCUGAGUCCGAACAUAAAGAGAGGAAACAUUGGUGAAGACGAAGCUGACUUGAUACUUAGGCUUCAUAAACUACUAGGAAACAGGUGGUCUUUGAUAGCUGGAAGGCUUCCGGGGCGAACGGACAAUGAAAUAAAGAACUAUUGGAACUCUCACCUGAGCAAAAAAUUUGGGAAAGUUGAAAAACCAUCAUCAUCAUCUUCUUCUUCGGCACCGCGAGAGGAAAUGGCCAAGAAAGUCGUGUCCAAUGCCGAAAUAGAACUGGGAGGUAAAGAACAAAGCGAGGAUCCCGAGCUGAACUUUGAUGUAAAUGAAUUCUUUGACUUCUCCUUUGAAGGAGCAUAUGACACAGAAUGGGUGGACAAGUAUUUCUGAUCUCAAUCAAGGAAAUCCAUAGAUGCCAACUUGUAAGAUACAGGGAAAUGAAUCCCCAAAAUGCCCACCUGUAAAACUAUGGUAGUAAAUACACUGUGAAGAA